AUGGAGCAUCUUCUAUAUAAAGCUGAAGCAUUAAAUGCUGAUCACCAGUUCUCCUCCAUAUCGCAGACCAGCAUGGCUUCGAAGGUUUUUGUUGUCAUAGUCACUGUCCUGGCUGUCGCCUCAGCUGACAGCCGAUUGUCAUCCCGUUCUCCACCUCCCUCCCGCACUACACCAACUUCUACGUCCGGCCCUGCUGGUCAACCAACUCCAAGCAUCAAGCCCAGUCGUACUAUACGACCAAUCACCGUCAACCAUCCUACUCCACGCUUGAAGACCAGUCGUACUGUGCGGCCCACUCAGAGCAUCAAGCCUGGCCCAACCAUGCGACCUACUCCCAACAGCCAGCCCACUCCCAGCUUCAAGCCCGGCCCUACCAUGCACCCCACACUGAGUAAUCUGCCUACUCCCGGCCCAACCAGCCGUUCUUCAAGGCAAAGGCCUUCUCCCUGA